UUGGGCAGAUUAAUAGCGUCACUGGAAGGCUGACGCUCUACAAGUGGUGACAUGCUACGAGCUCAGAUCUCAUGUCCGGUUGUGCUCGCCUGCUUCUGUAUCAUCUGCUCCACCCUGGCUUCCACCAAGAUAUCUUCGUAUGCCAAAUCUGAAGACAGGCUGUUGAAUAAUCUCUUUAAAAAAUACCAGAAAUGGGUGCGACCGGUGGAAAGACUGAAUGGGACGGUGCGAGUCAAAUUUGGAUUGGCCAUCUCUCAGCUGGUCGACGUGGAUGAGAAGAACCAGCUGAUGACCACCAAUGUAUGGAUGAAGCAGGAAUGGGUGGACACAAAGCUGCGAUGGAACCCUAAGCACUACCAGGGUAUCACGUAUAUCAGAGUGCCAUCUGACUCCAUAUGGAUUCCAGAUAUUGUGCUUUAUGACAAUGCAGACGGGCAUUUUGAGGCCACGGCUACCAAAGCCAUAGUGAAGCAUGAUGGCACCAUCUCCUGGACACCACCCGCUAACUACAAAUCAGCCUGCACUAUUGACGUUACCUUCUUCCCCUUUGACCUUCAGAACUGCUCCAUGAAGUUUGGCUCAUGGACCUACGAAGGCUCACAGGUGGACAUACUCUUGGAGGAUGUCCACGUGGACAAGCGAGACUACUUUGACAACGGUGAAUGGGAGAUUGUGAAAGCUACUGGAAGCCGUGGUUUGAGGAUGGACAUGACAGGCUUCUAUCCCUUCAUCACUUACUCUUUUAUCAUCCGGCGUCUUCCUCUGUUCUACACGCUCUUCCUUAUCGUUCCCUGCAUUGGUCUGUCCUUCUUGACUGUGCUGGUUUUCUACCUGCCCUCUAACUGUGGAGAGAAAAUCGCUCUCUGUACUUCAGUUCUUGUCUCACUCACUGUGUUCCUCUUGGUGAUAGAGGAGAUCAUCCCGUCAUCCUCAAAGGUCAUCCCACUGAUCGGCGAGUAUCUAGUCUUCACGAUGAUCUUUGUCACACUCUCCAUCAUCAUCACAGUCUUUGCUAUCAAUAUUCACCACCGUUCCUCCUCCACACAUCACGACAUGGCACCCUGGGUGCGCCGGGUCUUCCUGCACAGUCUCCCGAAGCUGCUUUGCAUGCGCAGCCAUGUGGACCGCUACGCAACAACAGGCGGUAAUCAUCGAGCUGGAGGUACAGCGGCGCUAAACUCUGGGAAGAGCUUAAAACAAGACAGCAGCCUUCUGCUAAACUCAGCAGCACACAACCUUCAAGCAGCACUGGACUCUAUUCGAUACAUCACUCAGCAUGUGGUAAAGGAGAAUAAAGUCAGAGAGGUUGUUCAAGAUUGGAAUUUUGUGGCUCAAGUUCUAGACCGUGUCUUCCUGUGGGUCUUCUUGUCAGUAUCUGUACUUGGUUCUGCUCUGCUAUUCAUACCUGUAAUAUACAAAUGGGCUAAAAUCGUUGUUCCAAAUUAUGGUGAUAAUUAUGGUAACAACGGCUAAGCAGCCAAACUUACAAUGGGGUGUAUAGAACUCUUAAUUUGUGAAAAAAUGCGCAGGGAUUUAAAUAUUUUGUCUUCUUUAGGACUGAUUGAUUGAUUGAUUGAUUGAUUGAUUGAUCCACAUUAUAAUUAAACUAUACCUAGCAUUACACUGCCUUUCUUCAAAAUGCAGCAUCUACAGUAUAAAUAGUAUUACAAUUUUGGGAAAUAUUGCAAUUAAUAAAAAGAUUUUUGCAAUGUAUUAUUAUUAUUAUUAUUGAUUUUAAGUACAUAAUUAUUAAGUAAUUAAAUCAUACUCAAAUGCACAAUUAUAUUUAUUUAGUAUAUAAAAAAAUGAAUGAUUUUUAAUUUUAUGAUGUAUUUCUUUUUUGUUUGUUAAACUAAUUUCUGGUAAAUGCUGUGUAUUUGCUGAUUUCUUUAUUGAAUUAAAUUCUUUUGCGAUGAAAUUGAGAUACUCAGUAACUAAUUUCACUGUAAUAGGCAUUAGCCUCCAUUUGAAUAGGAGUUGCUGCAGAAAGGGUAAAACUGAGAUAAAGAUUAAUCAUAGUAGGUAUUCUAGAAACUGUAAAUAUUAAAUAGUUUAAUUAGACAGGACAUGGUGUAAAACCCCUUUUCAAGGCCAUUUUUUUUUUGAAAACGAGGAUGCUUACAUUUCUUUGUGACGGGGGUUAAAUUGAAAGAGAUGGCUGAGGAAGGCAGGAAAGAUGGCAUCAAUGUUUAAAAGAGGUUUCUUUAACUUUCCUGUUUCAGAUGAGAAUUCAUAAAUAAUGUUUAGGUGAAAGACCAAAGACUGAACACCAUUAUCGCCAAUAAGCAAUCAAUGAAUACUUUGUUUUCAUUGACCAAUCACUGAACACCAUAUUCUUAAUGAGCAAUCAAUGAAUACUUUGUUUUCAUUGACCAAUCACUGAACACCAUUAUUCCCAAUGACCAAUCAUUGAACACUAUUGUUUUCAAAGACCAAACACUGAAUGCCAUUAAUCCCAAUGAGCAAUCACUGAACAUUAUUUUCUUUGUUUACUUUGUUUUCAAUAACCAUUGACUCAACACCAUUGUCCCCAAUGACUAAUCAUUCAAAUUUCCUACCUAUGAUUAAUAAAGUUAUAUUUUAUAUGAAUUUUAACCCUUUUUGUUCCAUGUGACCAGUUUGUUCCUGAUGUCAUUUCACUAAACAGCAUAGUACCCAGCAGCCAAUCACAUCAGUGUUACUUCCCAAUGACCAAUCACCGAUCCCUGUUAUUUUUCAGCAACCAAUCACAGAUCAUCAUAGUUUCCCAAUUGCAAUCGCAUUGAUUGAUCAUUGGGAAACUGUGAUGAUCUGUGAUUGUUUGCUGAAUAUAUACAGCAAUAAAAAUGACGUAUUCCAUCCAAAUCCAUUUAUUUCAUGACUGUUUCCUGACUCAUCACUCCCACGGCUUCGUUUUGUCUGCAUUCUUGAUAGAUUUUAUAGUACAUCGCACUCCUGUUUUUUUUUUUAAAAUCCCGAUAACGCCAAAGCCAUCUGUGUCCAGGAGUCCAAGAGAGCAAAACCGUCCAUGCUGUCUGAGUCACUCUUUCUUCUGUUAAUCACAGCGACACUAGCCUUCAUGGACAUCUGUGUUUUCAUGCAUGCACAAGGACACAUGUACGUUACACAGCCACAUGAUACAGCAUGAGCAGCAGUUUGAUAUUUAUUUUGUAUAUAGUAUUUUGCAAACAGAUCCAUAAAUACCAUGAAUAAAUGAUAGAGAAAAUGACUGUCUGACUACUUUUAAAUCAUGUCUUCUUAAAACUCAAUUCAAUUAAAUUAGCAUUCUAUGGUCAAUUUUAAACUAUUUAAUGUCAAUAACUGUUGUUUGUUGUAUUGUUGUAUUGACUUUAUCAUCACCACUGGACUGUA